AAAAACGCCGCGACUCACAACUGGUGGUAAACUAACGAGAAACAAGCGUGACUGUCUGUGAGUCGACGUUCAGAAGUGGCGACCUGUGUUUGUUUAAUAAUUACGUGUCGUCUCUGUUUUAAUCCAACAUGAGUUCGUUAAUGCCGCAGAAGCGUUACUACAGACAGCGAGCCCAUUCAAACCCGAUGGCAUACCACACGUUUGAUUACCCUGUGUGUCCUGAGGAGAUGGACUGGUCUGAGCUGUAUCCAGACAUCUUCACUGGCAGCACCUCUGAGAAGGAGACCCCCCGAGUUGAGUUUGCAGACAUUGGAUGUGGAUAUGGGGGGCUUUUAGUGGAGUUAUCGCCACUUUUCCCAGACAAGCUCAUCCUGGGCCUGGAGAUCCGAGUGAAAGUGUCAGAUUAUGUCCGGGAUCGUAUCCAGUCACUGCGUGCCUCGGAACCAGGAAGCUACCAGAACAUUGCCUGCAUUCGCAGCAAUGCGAUGAAGUACCUCCCCAACUUCUUUUCUAAAGGACAGCUCAGUAAGAUGUUCUUCCUCUUCCCUGACCCACACUUUAAGAAGACCAAGCACAAAUGGAGGAUCGUUAGUCCCACAUUGUUGGCAGAGUACGCCUACACACUGCGAGUUGAGGGUUUGGUGUAUACCAUGACAGAUGUGGAGGAAGUACACCUCUGGAUGGUGAAGCACUUCACUGAACAUCCACUGUUUACGCGUGUCCCAGAUGAAGAACUGGUCAGUGAUGUCAUUAUAAACCGUUUGGGUACCUGUACAGAGGAAGGAAAGAAAGUGCAGAGAAAUGGAGGGAAGAAUUUCCUCGCAGUUUUCCGGAGGAUUGAGGAUUGAGGAUUCAAACGAAGACCAAACAGUUUGGACUUGGAUUUAAACUGAAAUAAUGGCCUCAUGCAGUCAUCUGUACAUGGAGGAUAAUGCUGCUGUGUGGAGCUGGAGGCUGUGGCUUGUUCCCCCAGCAGAUGAGCAGUUUUUCUGGUAUUAAUGGACAAACAUUUACCCGAUGGAGGAUUCGUGUUUCAGUUUUUUCACAUAAUUUAUGCACUUCAUUCCUCGACCCACAAAAGACAGCACAAGGGAAGUAAAUCAUAAAAGGAUCUCUAUUCAGGCUAGAUUUGAAGCGUCACUGUUUAAAUUUUUUCAUUUUUAAUGAUGUUCUUCUGUUUCUUUUGGCAAACUCCAAAGUGCUGUUUUGGAUUUCCUGUAAAGCUGUAAAUUCUUUUAGUAAAACAAAAAAACAG